AUGGGCCAGGUGCGUGCAACCGGGCCGCGGGCGGGUCAGGAGGUGCGGGGAUGUGGAGGGCCGCCUGCAUCUCGCGUUCUCCGGCCUCUGCGCCGCUUCUCUCCCCGCCCUGUCCCAAGCCCUCAGUCCGAGCUGGAGACCCUGGGCGAGGACCCGGACCCAGACUCGGAGGGGGGCCGAGGGCAAGUCAGAAAACCAAUCUGGACCUAAUACUGCACUCUGCUUCUCCUUCAGAAAACACCCAGAAUUUACUCUGUGGAGCUCAGUGGAGCUAAAGACAUGAAGCAAACAGACAAGGAGGAUGGCAAGGAGAAGUACAGGGGCCUGUGGGACAACUGCUUGGAACUCAGAAAGAAUCACCACAAAGAGGAUCUGACAAAAGAAAUUGAUCUGGAUGACCACAAGCUCAGCAAUAAGGAAUUGGAAGAUAAAUAUCACACAAACAUUGUUACGGGUCUCUCCAGCACCCAAGCUGCUGAGCUCCUUGCUCGAGAUGGGCCCAACGCCCUCUCCCCUCCCAAGGAAACACCGGAGAUUAUCAAAUUCCUGAAGCAGAUGGUGGGAGGCUUCUCCAUCCUUCUGUGGGUGGGAGCCAUCCUGUGCUGGAUUGCAUAUGGGAUCCAGUACUCUAACGACAAGUCCUCAUCGCUAGACAAUGUGUAUUUGGGCACAGUGCUCGCCCUGGUUGUCAUCUUAACGGGGAUCUUUGCUUACUACCAAGAGGCCAAGAGCACCAACAUCAUGGCCAGCUUCAGUAAGAUGAUUCCACAGCAAGCGCUUGUCAUUCGAGAUUCAGAGAAGAAAAUAAUUCCUGCAGAGCAGCUUGUGGUGGGGGACAUAGUGGAGAUUAAAGGAGGGGACCAGAUCCCUGCAGACAUCAGGCUGCUGUUUGCCCAGGGGUGCAAGGUCGACAACUCAUCUCUCACUGGGGAGUCUGAGCCCCAGCCCCGUUCCUGUGAGUUCACCCAUGACAACCCCCUGGAGACAAAGAACAUGGGCUUCUAUUCCACAACCUGUCUGGAAGGCACAGCAACUGGCAUGGUCAUCAACACAGGUGACCGCACCAUCAUUGGUCAGAUUGCCUCACUGGCUUCACGAGUUGGGAAUGAGAAGACACCCAUUGCCACCGAAAUCGAGCACUUUGUUCACAUUGUGGCAGGAGUGGCUAUCUCCAUUGGCGUCCUUUUCUUCAUCAUUGCGGUGUCCAUGAAGUAUCGUGUCCUCGACUCCAUCAUCUUCCUCAUUGGCAUCAUUGUGGCCAAUGUGCCUGAGGGCCUCCUGGCCACUGUCACUGUGUCUCUGUCACUGACAGCAAAACGGAUGGCCAAGAAGAACUGCCUGGUGAAGAACCUGGAGGCAGUGGAAACACUAGGUUCCACCUCCAUCAUUUGCUCAGACAAGACGGGGACUCUGACUCAGAACAGAAUGACUGUGGCCCAUCUGUGGUUCGACAAUCAGAUCUUUGUGGCUGACACCAGUGAAGACCAUUCGAAGCAAACCUUUGAUCAAAGCUCUGGAACCUGGGCCUCCUUAUCAAAGAUAAUUGCAUUGUGUAACCGAGCUGAGUUCAGACCAGGACAGGAAAGAGUCCCCAUCAUGAAGAGAGUUGUGGUUGGAGAUGCCUCAGAAACUGCUCUUUUGAAAUUCUCAGAGGUGGUUUUGGGUGACGUGAUGGAAAUUAGAAAAAGAAACCACAAAGUAGCAGAAAUCCCUUUUAACUCAACCAACAAAUUUCAGCUCUCCAUACACAAGACAGACGACCCCAUUGACAAGCGCUUCCUCAUGGUGAUGAAAGGGGCCCCUGAGAAGAUCUUAGAGAAGUGCAACACCAUCAUGGUCAAUGGCCAGGAGCAGCCUCUGGACAAGAGAACAGCUGAGGCCUUCCACACUGCGUACAUGGAGCUGGGAGGUCUAGGGGAGCGUGUGCUAGGUUUCUGUCAUCUCUACCUGCCAGCAGACGAGUUUCCAGAAACCUAUUCAUUUGAUGUCGAUGCCAUGAACUUUCCCAUGUCCAAUCUCUGUUUUGUGGGACUCUUGUCAAUGAUUGAUCCCCCUCGAUCCACUGUCCCGGAUGCAGUCACCAAAUGCCGGAGCGCAGGGAUCAAGGUUAUUAUGGUUACAGGCGAUCAUCCAAUUACAGCCAAAGCUAUUGCCAAGAGUGUAGGUAUCAUUUCAGCCAACAGUGAGACUGUGGAAGACAUUGCAAAACGCCUCAACAUUGCUGUGGAGCAAGUUAACAAACGGGAUGCUAAAGCUGCAGUGGUGACUGGCAUGGAGCUGAAGGACAUGAACGCAGACCAGCUGGAUGAGGUCUUAACCAGCUACCCAGAGAUUGUGUUCGCCCGAACAUCCCCCCAGCAGAAGCUGAUUAUUGUAGAGGGCUGUCAGAGGCAGGAUGCAGUCGUUGCUGUGACCGGGGAUGGAGUGAAUGACUCUCCUGCUCUAAAGAAGGCAGAUAUUGGGAUUGCCAUGGGGAUAGCAGGUUCAGAUGCAGCCAAAAAUGCAGCUGACAUGGUCUUGUUGGAUGACAACUUCGCAUCCAUAGUCACUGGGGUGGAGGAAGGUCGCCUGAUCUUUGACAACCUCAAGAAGACCAUUGCAUACACCCUGACCAAGAACAUCGCUGAGUUGUGCCCCUUUCUGAUCUACAUCAUCAUUGGGGUGCCUCUGCCCAUAGGCACCAUCACCAUCUUGUUCAUUGACUUAGGCACGGACAUCGUUCCAUCCAUCGCCUUGGCUUAUGAGAAAGCUGAAAGUGACAUUAUGAAUAGGAAGCCUCGCCACAAGAAGAAGGAUCGACUGGUGAACAAGCCACUUGCCGUGUACUCUUAUCUGCACAUCGGCCUCAUGCAGUCCCUGGGAGCUUUUCUUGUGUACUUCACCGUGUAUGCACAAGAGGGCUUUAGGCCCAGCACCCUCAUUAACCUCCGGGUGGAAUGGGAGCAGGACUCUGUGAACGACCUGGAAGAUAGCUAUGGACAAGAAUGGACGCGUUACCAGAGGAAAUACCUAGAAUGGACAGGCUACACGGCUUUCUUUGUUGGCAUCAUGGUCCAGCAAAUAGCAGAUCUGAUCAUCAGGAAAACCCGGAGGAAUUCCAUCUUCCAGCAGGGUCUCUUCAGAAAUAAAGUCAUCUGGGUAGGGAUCGCCUCUCAGAUUAUCAUCGCUCUGAUCCUCUCCUAUGGCCUUGGAAGCAUCACAGCCCUGAAUUUCACCAUGCUUUGGCCUCAGCACUGGUUUGUGGCUGUGCCCCAUGCUAUUCUCAUCUGGGUAUAUGAUGAGGUGCGGAAACUUUUCAUCAGACUAUACCCUGGAAGCUGGUGGGAUAAGAAUAUGUAUUAUUAAGCCCACCUACUUCCCAAGCCUCCCACCUGCGCAUCGGGACAUUCCUCUCCAUCUCCUGGC